AUGAUAACAUUUUUUCUACGGCUAUUGUUCAGUCCGCAACUACUGGUCGUUCUGCGGCUAUUGUUCAUGCCGCUGGUUCCUCAUGUUGCUCCGCCUCCUCCUCCUCUCAUGAGCAGCAGUGGUGGUACCGGCUCAAACUAUUCAGGUGGUGAACUGCUUCCACCUCCAUCUCCAGGCCUUGCAUUUAGUACUGUAAAGAGUACGUUUACAUACGAGGAGUUGGCACGUGCAACGGAUGGCUUCUCUGAUGCUAACCUCCUUGGACAAGGUGGAUUUGGAUAUGUUCAUAGAGUUAUUCUCCCUAAUGGCAAAGAGGUUGCUGUUAAGCAGCUAAAAGCUGGAAGUGGACAAGGAGAACGCGAAUUUCAAGCUGAAGUUGAGAUUAUUAGCCGUGCUCACCAUAAACAUCUUGUUUCUCUUGUUGGAUACUGCAGCACUGGGUUUCAGAGGUUACUUGUUUAUGAGUUUGUUCCAAACAAUGCAUUGGAAUUCCAUUUACAUGGAAAUGGACGACCAACUAUGGAUUGGUCAACAAGACUGCGAAUUGCUUUAGGAGCUGCAAAAGGAAUUGCUUAUCUUCAUGAAGAUUUUCAUCCUAAGAUCAUUCAUCGUGAUAUUAAAGCGUCUAACCUCCUUCACGCGAGCUUCUUUUCCGCCAGCUAUCACCCUCCGUUUCCGCGUAAGUUUCUGCACAUACCACUCAAUCAUGUAGUGGCUCUGUUUCUUUUAUUCUUUUUAAUUUAG